AAGUUUAUUUUGGGAGCAAAGUUUGAGCCAUGUUACAUUUCAAGGCAGUUCUUGGGUUUGGAAGCAUGUUACUUAGGGAUGUUGAGGAGUUCUGCACUCUCAAAAGAGCCCUGUGGCUAUGGAGCAAUGUACCUAUGAUUUAAAAACAAAGAAGCAACACAUUUCUGAGAUUGCUCUUGCUUGUGUAAGACGUGACUUAUUUUUAUGUUCAUGGCAGGGUGUUUUAAGUAGGAAUGCAAGCUGCCAGUGUUAAUUAAAAAUACCUUACAAAUUGUAGUAUAUGAGAAGCUUUCAUAUCUGUAUGGUGUAAUGGUCAGCCAUACUUCCAACAGAACAGCUGUUAGACAAGUUAACUAAGUUAAGUUGGCUGAACUGCCAUUUGUGCUUUAAUUUUCAUAAUGUGGUAUUUUCAAGGGAGAUUCAAGGUUAUCACACAGCCGAGGAGCGAGGGGGAGCGUCUCUUGCCUUUUGGAAGUGCAUUUCAUUUGAGUUUCCUAAUGCCUCAUUUAACUCACUGAUCACUGCAGAACUAAAGGGUUAAGUGGAAUUCUAGCUUAUCAAUUUGUGACAAAAUUAUUUAGCUUAUGUAAGAUAAGAAUACUUCUUUUUUUCUGGUUGCCAAUCUAAGUGGGUUAGCUAUGGCAAACUUGGAUAAUAUUCAAGUUCUCAGUAUAAAGUUAGAUAAAGUCUACAGCCAUUUCACAUGGGAUACCCGUUCAUUUUACCAUUCAGAUUACAAGAGUUUAUCCUGAAUAAUUGUCCUGUGUGUUUUUAGAGUAACAUCUGUUGCAUGAUAUCACGUAAUGGAAUGCAGUACAGCUUAAUUUAAGUUGAUUUGAGACAUUGCCAUUGCACUGCAGUAGUGCCUGAGAGGGUGAGAGGUUUUGUGGUUCGUGUGAUGGAUGGAUUGGUUACAAGUAGACAAUAUUGAGAAAGAUGAACUUGCAUUUGAACUGCAAAGGAUUAAGUAAUUUUACUCUGAGCUUGGUUUGUUUUAGUUUUACUUAGACUUCUUUCAUCAUUUGCCAGCUAAUGCAAUGACAGAAUUCUGCUUAUUUUAGGAAAUCCAUCUACAGUUAUAAAUAUAACUAUCAGUAUGGAACACCCCUACAGUAGAAUCAAGUCUUAUUUUGGAGUGGGAAGAGUGAACUUGAAAGAACUGUCUAGCUGUGUCAAAGCUUGAGCUGCACGAUGACUUAGAAGUUUUGCUGUGAAAACUUCCUUGUAUUUGGUAUUGUUUCUACCAAGAUUUGACUCCACACAGCAAGGAUGUUCUGAGGCAUUAAUAUUUGUAUUAUCACUUUAUAUACUGACCUAUAUGAUACGUAUCUAUUAAACCUGUGCAUAUGCAGUCUACAUGGCUUGCAAAAAUGCUAGUAUGUAAUUAGUCACCAUAUUUAGACAGUAGUUCAAACAUCUCACCUCUAUUCCUUUUUGUGGCAUUAUAGUGUCAGAUAACUGUUGGGAUAUCAGUGUUGUAUGUUCAUGAAAUAUGAGCAAUACCAUUUGUUAAAGUAUCCCUCCAAUCCAUAAUUUUAGCAUUAUAGUACUGAAAACACUGAGUUGAUUCUCAGCUGCCAGUCCUAUCUGACCUUUGGAGGUUUUGGUAAGCUGCCAAAUGUGUAGACAUCUUGAUACUAGUUUUUUUUUUAAUAUGCAGAGUUUCUUGCUAAGCAGUGUCUUCCAGAUGCUGCCUUUGCACUAGGCCCUAAUUAGGUAAGAAGUGUCAAUGUCUUUACAGACUACUGUACCAGCUUUCAGAAAUUAUUCUUUCCUCCCUGCUUUUGAAUCUUUAAAAUUUUUGACAAGUCUGCUUAUGUGUGUUUCUACAGACAGUAUAAUGCUGAUGCAAAUUGAUAACAGCAAGCAAAAUGUUGGGUGUUGUUGCAAAUGGGAGGAGGCUGUCUUUAUAAAGCAGUGUUAUGUUUCAUUUGUUUACUUUGGGGACAUGUUUCAAUUGGGACAAAUGGAGGUGUUACGUUUCAGUUGGGACAAAUGGAGGUGGAAAUUGCAGUUUCAGGUAGUCCUGGAGGAGAAUGCAGGCUUUUGCUUCCAGGCUUCUGCUUUUGACCACAUAUGGUUAUAAAAAUACACAGUAAAUUGUUCUGGAAAAAUUUUGGGGCAAAGGAGAUGCAAAUGAUAAAGCAGUGGGUUUUUUCACAGUACUUUAUCUUACAGCUUCUAGAGGCUAUGUUAAGCAAAAUGAUCUAGGGUUUUGCAACUCUGUGGAUGAAUGAUUAUGGAUAUCAUGCUGCAUCUUAAGCUCUUUUAUACUUUAUUGUUAUGAUUAAACAGUCUAUUCUUUUAUACAAAGAAUGCCUCGAAGGUAGGUUGAGCUCCUUAGAUGUGUAAGUGCUGAUCCACAGCAUGUGGUGCAAUCGUGGGUGUGAUCAGUGUUCAGAGAGUUUUGUCUCUGGGUGCAGGGAAUUCCACCUUUGGAGAGAGGCUGGUAUGCUUGAGGAUGAGAAGGUGGUAAGGAGCCCUGUGCUUGAUUUUAACACCAGACUUUUAACUGUGUACAAUGAAUUUUGUAGCUUUCUGUCCUUGCUAAUGCUGCUGAAAACCCAUUUCACAGCAGUCAGAGAAGCAUUUCCCUGGGUGUGCUGUGUGCACACAUGCUUAUCUUGGAAUUGAGUUUGAAUUAGCCUGCAUACUUGAACAAAUUGUGAUAACAUUUUGAUAUUUUCCACUUCCAGUUGCAAGCUGGAAUUUCAUCCCCAGACAUCCACCUCCUCGAUUCUCAAAGCUCCAGCACCUUUUUACUCAAGCAUCUUCAUAAAGCUAGAAAAUGCACUGACUGGCUUCACAAGCUCAUAUUGCUGUGCACAAUGCCUGCUGUGAAAUAAAGCCCUGGAAUUACAGUGGAAGUUUGUUCUGGACGACUGGAUUAAAGCAGGGCUUUUGCAGCCACAAAGGAAGAUAUGGAGGUGCAAUACUUGGUUGCUGGAAGCCUUCCAUGUGAUCAAAUAGUACUUUCAGACAAACUUAUUUUCUAUUAAAUGAAGUUUAAUUUUGAGGUAUUCUUACUCACCUUAAGCAGUGUCCAGUUUCUUGGCUUCUAACAUGCUGGAUUUUGUUUCAAGAAUCCAGCUCAGCUGCCUCUGGAGUAGUUCCAAUGAAUAUAACCAUGUAAAGCAAAGGUUGGAGAAAUGUCAGUAAGUGAAUUGGUCUGGUGGACUUGAUUCAUCAUCUGAUCCUGGGCAAUAUGCCUCUUCAUGGAGCUUCCAACAAGCAAUACUGAAGGGUACUUUAGUGGGAAGUUGCAAGUGACUUGGCACCAUGGUAGCUCUUUCCUUGAAGAUCUGUGUCCGUCAGUGCAAUGUGGUGAAGACGAUGCAGUUUGAGCCAUCCACUGCUGUGUACGAUGCCUGCAGAGUUAUUCGUGAGCGAGUGCCAGAGGCUCAGACAGGGCAAGCCUCUGACUAUGGAUUGUUCUUGUCAGAUGAUGAUCCUCGAAAAGGUAUUUGGCUGGAGGCUGGAAGAACACUGGAUUAUUACAUGCUGAGAAAUGGGGAUAUAUUGGAGUACAAAAAGAAACAGAGACCUCAGAAAAUACGUAUGUUGGAUGGUUCAGUGAAAACAGUCAUGGUGGAUGAUUCUAAAACAGUGGGUGAAUUACUGGUUACCAUUUGCAGCAGAAUAGGAAUAACAAAUUAUGAGGAAUAUUCAUUAAUCCAGGAGAACAUCGAAGAGAAGAAAGAGGAAAGUACAGGAACACUUAAGAAAGAUAGGACACUCCUACGUGAUGAAAGAAAAAUGGAAAAACUGAAGGCAAAGCUUCAUACAGAUGAUGAUUUGAAUUGGCUGGAUCACAGCCGGACCUUCAGAGAGCAAGGAGUGGAUGAAAAUGAAACACUACUCUUGAGAAGAAAGUUCUUUUAUUCAGACCAGAAUGUAGAUUCAAGAGAUCCUGUUCAGCUUAAUUUGCUUUAUGUUCAGGCUCGUGAUGACAUUCUGAAUGGUUCCCAUCCCGUCUCCUUUGAGAAGGCUUGUGAAUUUGGAGGCUUUCAAGCACAGAUCCAGUUUGGACCUCAUGUAGAACACAAACAUAAACCUGGAUUUUUAGACCUGAAAGAAUUCCUGCCUAAAGAAUAUACCAAACAAAGAGGGGCUGAAAAGAGAAUAUUUCAGGAGCACAAAAACUGUGGAGAGAUGACUGAAAUAGAAGCCAAAGUGAAGUACGUGAAGCUGGCGCGUUCCCUGCGCACCUACGGGGUGUCGUUUUUCCUUGUUAAGGAAAAAAUGAAAGGCAAAAACAAGCUGGUUCCUCGUUUGCUGGGGGUCACCAAAGACUCAGUGAUGCGUGUGGAUGAGAAGACCAAGGAAGUGUUGCAGGAAUGGCCACUGACAACUGUGAAACGCUGGGCUGCCUCACCUAAAAGCUUCACUCUGGAUUUUGGUGAAUAUCAGGAAAGCUAUUACUCAGUACAGACCACUGAAGGAGAACAGAUCUCUCAAUUAAUUGCAGGUUACAUUGAUAUCAUCCUAAAGAAGAAACAAAGUAAAGAUAGAUUUGGGCUUGAAGGUGAUGAGGAAUCAACCAUGUUGGAAGAAUCUGUUUCACCUAAGAAGUCCACCAUUCUGCAGCAGCAGUUUAACCGCACUGGGAAGGUGGAGCACGGCUCCGUGGCUCUGCCGGCUGUGAUGCGCUCUGGCUCCAGCGGCCCCGAGACCUUCAACGUUGGCAUCAUGCCUUCACCUCAGCAGCAAGUCACAACUGGCCAGAUGCACAGAGGACAUAUGCCCCCACUUACCUCAGCCCAGCAGGCCCUGAUGGGCACCAUCAACAGCAGCAUGCACGCCGUUCAGCAGGCACAGGCUGACCUCAGUGAGGUGGAUAACCUGCCACCUCUGGGGCACGACAUGGCAUCAAGAGUAUGGGUUCAGAACAAGGUUGAUGAAUCCAAACAUGAAAUACACUCUCAAGUUGAUGCAAUCACUGCAGGAACUGCAUCUGUUGUUAACCUUACAGCAGGGGACCCAGUUGACACUGAUUACACUGCUGUGGGAUGUGCAAUUACAACCAUUUCCUCCAACCUCACUGAGAUGUCCAAAGGUGUGAAAUUGCUUGCUGCUCUCAUGGAUGAUGAAAUUGGAAGUGGAGAAGACCUCCUGAAAGCUGCUCGAACCUUGGCCAGUGCUGUCUCAGACUUGCUGAAGGCUGUGCAGCCUACUUCAGGAGAGCCUCGCCAGACAGUUUUGACUGCAGCUGGAAGCAUUGGACAAGCAAGUGGGGAGCUACUGAGACAAAUUGGAGAGAAUGAAACAGAUGAAAGGUUCCAGGAUGUUCUGAUGAGUUUGGCCAAAGCUGUUGCCAACGCUGCUGCCAUGGUGGUGCUGAAGGCCAAGAAUGUGGCACAGGUGGCAGAGGACACAGUCCUGCAGAACAGGGUCAUUGCUGCUGCUACCCAGUGUGCACUCUCUACUUCCCAGCUUGUGGCUUGUGCUAAGGUGGUGAGCCCCACCAUCAGCUCCCCGGUGUGUCAGGAGCAGCUGAUUGAGGCAGGGAAGCUGGUGGAUCGCUCCGUGGAGAACUGUGUGCGUGCCUGCCAGGCUGCUACGGAUGACAGCGAGUUACUGAAGCAGGUCAGUGCGGCUGCCGGCAUCGUGAGCCAGGCCCUCCAUGACCUCCUGCAGCACGUGCGCCAGUUCGCCAGCAGGGGCGAGCCCAUCGGCCGCUAUGACCAGGCCACCGACACCAUCAUGUGUGUCACCGAGAGCAUCUUCAGCUCCAUGGGAGAUGCCGGUGAAAUGGUGCGGCAGGCGAGGGUGCUGGCUCAGGCCACCUCUGAUCUUGUCAAUGCCAUGAGGUCUGAUGCAGAAGCUGAGAUCGACAUGGAGAACUCCAAGAAGCUUCUGGCUGCUGCAAAGCUCCUGGCAGAUUCCACAGCCCGCAUGGUUGAAGCUGCAAAGGGAGCUGCAGCCAAUCCUGAAAAUGAGGAUCAACAGCAGCGUCUGAGAGAAGCAGCAGAGGGACUGCGGGUUGCUACAAAUGCUGCUGCACAGAAUGCCAUCAAGAAGAAAAUUGUCAACAGAUUAGAGAUUGCAGCUAAACAAGCUGCAGCUGCUGCUACUCAGACUAUUGCAGCUUCUCAGAAUGCAGCUGUUUCCAAUAAGAACACAGCAGCCCACCAGCAACUUGUACAGAGCUGCAAGAAUGUUGCAGACCAUAUUCCUCAGCUGGUGCAGGGUGUAAGAGGAAGUCAAGCUCAGGCAGAAGACCUCAGUGCCCAGCUUGCUUUAAUCAAUUCCAGCCAGAAUUUCCUUCAGCCUGGAAGUAAAAUGGUGGCAUCUGCUAAAGCUGCUGUCCCCACAGUGACUGAUCAAGCAGCAGCAAUGCAGCUCAGUCAGUGUGCAAAGAAUCUUGCUACCAGCUUGGCUGAGCUAAGAACAGCCUCCCAGAAGGCUCAUGAAGCUUGUGGCCCAAUGGAAAUUGAUUCUGCUUUGAAUACAGUCCAGACACUCAAAAGUGAACUGCAAGAUGCGAAGAUGGCAGCUGUGGAUGGACAGUUAAAACCUCUCCCAGGAGAAACUCUGGAGAAGUGCACUCAGGACCUGGGAAGCACAUCCAAAGCAGUUGGUUCUUCAAUGGCCCAGUUGUUAACUUGUGCUGCUCAGGGCAACGAGCACUACACAGGAGUUGCUGCCAGAGAAACUGCUCAGGCCUUGAAGACCUUGGCUCAGGCAGCACGAGGGGUUGCAGCAUCCACCACGGACCCUGUGGCAGCCCAUGCAAUGCUGGAUUCAGCCAGGGAUGUCAUGGAAGGCUCUGCAAUGCUGAUUCAAGAAGCCAAGCAGGCCCUGGCUGUCCCAGGGGAUGCAGACAGUCAGCAGAGAUUAGCCCAGGUGGCAAAAGCAGUGUCUCACUCUUUGAAUAACUGUGUGAAUUGUCUGCCUGGACAAAAGGAUGUGGAUGUGGCCUUAAAGAGUAUUGGGGAAUCCAGCAAGAAGCUCCUUGUUGAUUCGCUACCUCCAAGUUCUAAGUCAUUUCAAGAAGCUCAGAGUGAACUGAACCAGGCAGCAGCAGACCUGAAUCAGUCAGCUGGAGAAGUUGUCCAUGCUACACGUGGCCAAAGUGGGGAGCUGGCUGCAGCCUCUGGCAAAUUCAGUGAUGACUUUGAUGAAUUUCUUGAUGCUGGUAUUGAAAUGGCUGGCCAAGCACAAACUAAAGAGGACCAGAUUCAAGUCAUAGGUAACCUCAAGAGCAUUUCUAUGGCUUCCAGCAAGCUGUUACUGGCUGCCAAGUCUCUGUCUGUUGAUCCUGGAGCUCCUAAUGCCAAGAACCUCUUAGCAGCAGCAGCAAGAGCUGUGACUGAGAGUAUAAACCAACUCAUCACACUGUGCACCCAACAAGCUCCUGGGCAGAAGGAAUGUGAUAAUGCACUCAGAGAACUGGAGACAGUUAAGGGAAUGCUGGAUAACCCAAACGAACCUGUGAGCGAUCUCUCAUAUUUUGAUUGUAUUGAGGGCGUAAUGGAAAACUCCAAGGUUCUUGGAGAAUCAAUGGCAGGCAUUUCCCAGAAUGCAAAAACUGGGGAUCUUUUAGUCUUUGGAGAAUGUGUUGGAGUUGCAUCCAAGGCUCUUUGUGGCCUCACAGAGGCAGCAGCUCAGGCUGCUUACCUGGUCGGUAUCUCAGAUCCCAACAGCCAGGCUGGUCAGCAGGGCCUCGUUGACCCAAUUCAGUUUGCCCGUGCCAACCAGGCGAUCCAGAUGGCCUGUCAGAACCUGGUGGAUCCAGCGAGCAGCCCGUCCCAGGUCUUAUCAGCUGCCACCAUUGUGGCCAAGCACACGUCUGCUCUGUGCAACGCUUGUCGCAUUGCCUCUUCAAAAACUGCAAAUCCUGUUGCCAAGAGACACUUUGUGCAGUCUGCCAAGGAAGUUGCAAAUAGCACUGCUAACCUGGUUAAAACUAUCAAGGCCCUGGAUGGAGAUUUCUCUGAGGAGAACCGCAACAAGUGCAGAAUUGCCACUGCACCUUUAAUAGAGGCUGUGGAAAAUUUAACAGCAUUUGCUUCAAACCCAGAAUUUGUCAGUAUCCCAGCACAGAUCAGCACUGAGGGAUCACGAGCACAGGAGCCAAUUCUGGUUUCUGCUAAGACAAUGUUGGAGAGCUCAUCUUUACUGAUCAAAACUGCUCGUUCUCUGGCUAUCAAUCCCAAAGACCCUCCUACAUGGUCUGUACUAGCAGGGCAUUCCCACACAGUCUCAGAUUCUAUCAAGAGUCUUAUUACCUCUAUCAGGGACAAGGCCCCAGGGCAGCGAGAAUGUGAUUUCUCCAUCGAUGGGAUCAACAGAUGCAUCAGGGACAUCGAGCAGGCCUCGCUGGCUGCUGUCAGCCAGAGCCUGGCCACCAGGGAUGACAUCUCCGUGGAGGCUCUACAGGAACAGCUGACAUCAGUUGUACAGGAAAUUGGCCACCUCAUUGAUCCCAUAGCCACUGCAGCUCGGGGAGAGGCAGCUCAGCUGGGCCACAAGGUAACACAGCUGGCAAGUUACUUCGAGCCCCUUGUUUCAGCUGCAGUUGGUUUGGCAUCCAAGACACUGAAUCAUCAGCAACAGAUGACUGUGUUGGACCAGAGCAAGACUCUAGCAGAAUCUGCCUUACAGAUACUGUAUGCUGCCAAAGAAGGGGGAGGAAACCCCAAGGCAUCUCAUACUCAUGAUGCCAUCACUGAGGCUGCACAGCUGAUGAAAGAGGCUGUGGAUGACAUCAUGGUCACUUUAAAUGAAGCUGCAAGUGAAGUUGGUAUGGUUGGAGGUAUGGUAGACUUGAUUGCAGAGGCAAUGACCAAGCUGGAUGAAGGUACACCUCCAGAUCCAAAAGGAACUUUUGUUGAUUAUCAGACCACUGUGGUGAAAUAUUCUAAAGCCAUUGCUGUUACAGCACAGGAAAUGAUGACUAAGUCGGUUACUAACCCGGAGGAGCUGGGAGGACUUGCAUCGCAAAUGACCAAUGACUAUGGGCAUUUGGCUCUCCAGGGCCGAAUGGCUGCAGCUACGGCAGAACCAGAGGAGAUUGGGUUCCAGAUCAGGACUCGGGUGCAGGAACUUGGCCAUGGGUGUAUCUUUCUUGUGCAAAAAGCUGGAGCUCUCCAGAUUUGCCCUACAGACAGCUACACCAAAAAGGAGUUGAUAGAAUGUGCUCGUGCUGUCACAGAAAAGGUCUCCUUGGUUUUAUCUGCCCUCCAGGCAGGGAACAAAGGCACACAAGCCUGUAUUACUGCAGCCAGUGCUGUGUCUGGGAUAAUUGCAGAUCUGGAUACCACUAUCAUGUUUGCUACUGCUGGAACCCUUAAUGCUGAGAACAAUGAAUCGUUUGCAGAUCACAGGGAAAAUAUCCUGAAAACAGCAAAAGCUUUAGUUGAAGACACAAAAUUGUUGGUUUCUGGUGCUGCCUCAAGUCAGGACAAAUUAGCCCAAGCAGCUCAGUCAUCAGCUAACACCAUCACUCAGCUUGCUGAGGUAGUAAAAUUGGGAGCAGCUAGCUUGGGAUCUGAUGAUCCUGAAACACAGGUUGUUCUGAUCAAUGCUAUCAAGGAUGUUGCAAAGGCUCUUUCUGAUCUCAUUGGUGCUACCAAAGGAGCUGCCAGCAAACCAGCAGAUGAUCCAUCCAUGUACCAGCUGAAAGGUGCUGCCAAGGUGAUGGUAACAAAUGUCACAUCCCUCUUGAAGACUGUUAAAGCAGUAGAAGAUGAAGCCACUCGAGGGACAAGAGCCCUUGAGGCCACAAUUGAGUACAUCAAACAGGAGCUCACGGUGUUUCAGUCGAGUGAGGUUCCAGAAAAGACCUCAUCACCUGAAGAAUCCAUCCGGAUGACGAAAGGGAUCACCAUGGCAACUGCCAAAGCUGUUGCAGCCGGCAACUCGUGCAGGCAGGAGGAUGUGAUUGCUACAGCAAAUCUGAGCCGCAAGGCAGUGGCUGACAUGCUAACAGCUUGUAAGCAAGCAUCCUAUCACCCAGAUGUGAGUGAAGAAGUUCGGGAGAGAGCCCUGCGCUUUGGAACAGAAUGUACCCUGGGAUACUUGGAACUCCUGGAGCAUGUUCUCCUGAUUCUUCAAAAAGCAACUCCAGAGCUGAAGCAUCAGCUGGCCUCUUUCUCCAAGCGGGUUGCAAGUGCUGUCACAGAGCUCAUCCAGUCAGCAGAAGCAAUGAAGGGGACAGAGUGGGUGGAUCCAGAAGACCCAACAGUCAUUGCAGAGACAGAGCUCUUAGGGGCUGCAGCAUCAAUUGAGGCUGCAGCCAAGAAGUUAGAGCAGCUGAAACCACGAGCCAAGCCCAAGCAAGCAGAUGAGACUCUGGAUUUUGAAGAACAGAUCCUGGAAGCAGCUAAAUCCAUUGCAGCUGCUACCAGUGCCCUUGUGAAGUCAGCUUCAGCAGCCCAGAGGGAACUGGUGGCUCAGGGAAAGGUUGGAGCAAUCCCUGCAAAUGCAGCUGAUGAUGGACAAUGGUCUCAGGGACUUAUUUCUGCUGCCCGAAUGGUGGCAGCUGCAACCAGCAAUCUCUGUGAAGCAGCAAAUGCCUCAGUUCAAGGCCAUGCUAGUGAGGAGAAACUCAUCUCAUCUGCCAAACAAGUUGCAGCUUCUACAGCACAGUUGCUUGUGGCUUGCAAAGUGAAGGCUGAUCAUGACUCUGAGGCCAUGAGGAGGCUACAGGCUGCAGGAAAUGCUGUCAAGCGUGCAUCAGACAAUCUGGUCAGGGCAGCCCAAAAAGCAGCGUUUGGAAAAGCAGAGGAUGAUGACGUUGUGGUCAAAACCAAGUUUGUGGGUGGCAUUGCUCAGAUUAUUGCAGCCCAGGAAGAAAUGCUGAAGAAGGAGAGAGAGCUGGAAGAGGCAAGGAAAAAACUGGCUCAGAUCCGCCAACAGCAAUACAAAUUUCUACCCACAGAGCUGAGAGAAGAUGAGGGUUAACUGUUAACCUGCUGAGAUUUUUCUUCCUUUUUAUUCUUUUGUUUUCUUUUUUUUUUUUUUUUUUUUUUUUUUUUUUUUUUCUUUUAAAGAAAUAAGCUAAAGGGGGACAGCACAUUGAGAACUGCUCUGACAGCAUACUGGUAUGCCAAGCACUUAGCUGAAUAAACUGCCUGUCAUAGCUUUGGAUGAGCAGAGGGCAAAAAACACUUGCUCCUUCCCAUCUGCUCAGCUGAGGUGCAUGAUGAUCAAAUAAUGGUACAGUGUUAUGUUCAUCCUUCCUGUUCCUCCCUCAAUUUAUAUCUCAGAAGAGAAUGUUUCACUAUUUACUAAAGAUACUAAGUCAGUAUUAUUGUCACUUUCCUGAUGCUUGAGGUAUUUAUUGUUCCUUGACUAGUUCUGAAACAUUGAUAAUAUUAAGUAGGAAAAGAGUCAAGAAAUCUUUCAUAUGAUAAAUAUCACAUGAGCUGGUGAUUCUCCCCCAAGCACCCUUGUGAAAAGAAGACCAGGAUGGAGAAGCACGGAUGGCUGAGUGGAGAAACACACACAGUGUGGGUUUGAAGAAGCCUAUCUUCUUUCAGUGUUAUAUAGCUGGUUCACCCCAAAACUGGAGGAAUUGUCUCUGCAGCUGUUUGCACUACUAGUAUUAUUCCUUACCUGAUACCAACAAGCUUCUUCUUGUACAAUAUUUAGGUUUACAAAAUGUGGCAAUAGCCAUUCUUUAAAGAGCUCAAAAAACAAAGAAAUGGAAACCUUGUCACUGCCUCAAUAAUAGCAGGUUCAUGAAAGAAAAUGCUGUUUCAAUUAUAUACCUCUAAUGUGUGACUACUUUUACAGUAUUCCACACACGUACGCAUGCUCUAACAUUGGACUGAAUAGUUUGCAUUAUGUUUUUUAAUUGAAAUUAUCUGGCUCUGUACUGUGGUAUUUCUGUUAGAAUGUAUCUCAGUUAAAAAAGGGAAAUGCCCAGUACAACAAAAGACUAUCAGCUCUUUAUUAUUUUAAUAGUUACAUUUAUAAUUAUUAUGUUUUGAAACCUGUGGGAAUUGUAGGAGAAAAGAAUAAGCGAUUUACAAGUAGAUUUACAAUUUUUCCUGUAAUAUAUUUUUUAAAAAUUUGGACUCUAGAGAGUUUGUUUUCAUAGUUGCUAUUGAUGAAAAAGUAUUCACCAAGGAAUUGCAGAGAAGGGAUAGCAGCAGUCUAUCAGCAAUCUUUGUCUUCAGCUGCAGGAAGGUACAGUAUGCUCUCAGUAUUUCUGUUGUGACCUAAACAAUGGCAAUUUGGGUAGAGUGACAUAUUUUCCUGUGUCAAAGAGAACACAAAUCACAGCAACUUUAAGUAGCUAAAGCUAAACUGUUUGACUAGCUACAGAAACACCAUCUCUCCUAACAAUAUUCUCCAACAUGUCUCCAACUCCACUCGAGCCCUCCUAAACAAUAAUGGCAAGUCUGGUUAGGUCAAAGGAUGUUGCCCCUCCAGUCCUUCUGAAGGUUGUGCUGUCCUUGGAUCCCACCCAGUAUGUUCAGCUGAGCCUCUUGUGUUCUGUGCAUACUCACCCAGUUGUCGUUGCUGCAGAAAAUACUUGUCUUGUAGACUCCCCAGUAACCCCCUAGUGGUAGGUUCAUCAGUUUAGAUAGUGCUGACUCCUCAUUUAAGUUACCUGCAUGAGACAGAAUUAUCAGGAAUUUUAUCACACUAGUUCUGAUUAUAUAGCAAAAACAUUGCUAGAGAAUUAAUAAAUAUUGAAGUGUAAAAAGGUUUUUAUUGUCUCUUCUCUGAUCCUGACGUAUUUCAGACUCUACUAGCAGAGUUGCUGGAGAAUCCACAAUCAUGAGAGGAAAAAAACUGGUAUAUCCCAAAUGGAAUCACUGGCAUUGACAGAUGUGCUGUGAUGUGUAGACUUGUGUGUAAAUGCAAACCCUGUACUGUCAGAGAUGUGCAAUUCCGAGUUUUUUCAUUUGCCAUUUUAACACAAUCAAUUUGGGUUUUUGUUCAACUCACUGUGAACAGAGUCACAGUCUGGAAUUCUACAACAAGAAAAAGGCUUCCUGUAAGUCUUUGGGCAGAAGGCUAAACUGGUAUUUAUUGCUGUUAGACCUAAAUAAAGACUGCUCCAGUGAUGGUGACUUUCUGCUGCUGUUGGUAGGUUCAACUCCUUUGCAGCUUAUGCCUUUGUCUUGUCUUGUCUGAAUAGCCUCACUUUCCAAUCUCUUUUUCAGAAAGAUCUGCAAGACAGAUUUUUUUACUGCUCCCUUUUGAACCUACCUUUAGCUGUUAUUUGAUCUCAUUAAAGCAUGAAGAAAGAUGAUGCUGUCUGUAACACCAUGCCACUGUUUUAUUGUAGGCAUAAUACCAAUGUCGUGUACUUUGGUCAGGAUAGUAUUUGCCACUUUGAUAUAAGCCAAAAAAACAUUGUCAAAUGCAACUAUGUAUGGAAAUUAUAUAGCUAGAAAACUUUAUCAGUAUGUAGAAGGUAAGAGCAUGUUCAAGUUGUGCUCCAGAGAAGAGUGUUUGGGAAGGCCAUUUUAGCACAGCUAUUUUGACACUUCUCUGUUUCUGAUUUAUGCCCCCUCUUACCUGACAGAAAGUAUUUUUUCCUUAGCUGUGUGCUCCAUAGAGGAACCACAGUCAGGUGAAUAGCUGAGCUGGACAACUGAUGUAUUUUUUUACUCAGAAUUUUGGGUCUUCGUUUGUGAACCAUUAAGAGAAUAUAAGGUCAUCCAAAGUCUUUCCAUUUUUUUCUUGCUGUUAUAAUUUGCAGUAUCACUGAAGUUCACAUGUGAGCAUCUGUGGAGUUUGGAACUAGUCCAUCCAUUUCUUUGGCAUGGGAACUUGCAGCAGGAAGUGACAAGUUGGACUAAGGGGUAGAUGCUAAUUAAUAAGAAGGACAGAUGUUUACUUUGUUCUGUUAACUUGUGAAAUGAUGAAUGAGCUCUGUUGUAUCUCACCCUUCUUCAUGUGGAAUUCACUCUGAGAAUUGUAUGCAAAUUAAAAACAAAAUGCCUCCAAGUU